CGCAAUGACCGGUGUGGGCCUCACCUGGUUCACGGCGUCAAUGCCUCAUCGUCCGAUGACGACAACCCGUCGCCAGCGUCACCCCAGGAUGGAGUGCCGGCCACCCAAUCUUCGCCCAUGGCCCUCUCGCAGACAUCGGACCUGGAUCGGUUCCCUGGACAGCUUCAACUUGGCCUGCUCACGCCCGACAUCUUUGGCGACUCGCGCCGCGGUGGACUCCGCCGCUCACCAUCGGCCUCAACCGGCUCGGCCACCACUGCUACCGCCGCUACCGCCGCUACCGCCGCUACUGCCGCUACUGCCGCUACUGCCGCUACUGCCACCACUGCUGCCAUGCCGGGUGCUAGGUCCACUGAGGGCCCGCAUCCGCCCACGGUGCUGCAGCUCGACGUGCCACUCUUCCGCGUCUCACCGGCUGCCACCGCUGCAGUCCAUGAGCUCAGACUUGAAGGCCUCGGGCCAGGCCCGGUUCUUGCGCUGCAGCUCCAGUCGUGGCCAGCCCGCCACGCGCAUGCCCUGAUGGCGUGGACCCGUGAAGGUGUUGCAGUGUGGCAGGUUUGCGGCGCGGGAAAGCUCGCCGAGCGCGUCCUGCUCAUCAACGACAGCGACCACGAGAUAUCUACCGCCACCCUCGCUGCCGACGGCUCGCGAGUUGUUGUCGCCGAGUCUGAUGCCAUUCGCAUUAUCGAUGUCGCCUCUGGCGUCCAGCUUCUCGAGUGGUCCGUCGACGCGGGUGCGACCGUCUCGCACCUACUCGCCGUCUCACCGUCGGCUAUUGUCGCGGCCACUGCCGCCCCGGCGCGGCUGCAUCUCUGGACGCUGGCCCUUGGCUGGUCGUCGCCACCAAGUAAGAUGGCGCUCUCUCUCGAUCCACUGGUGGCUCCGGCCGAUGCCGCGCACCUCUGCCUCUCGGGCCUUGCUGCUGUUCGCGGCGCCGACCACCUUGCCGCCGCCUGGUCGGCCGCCGGCGUCGCCGUGUGGGACACAUCGCCGCUCGCCGGCGGCGCUCUCACCCACCUUGUCAGCUUUACCACGCCAAUGUCUCUGGUGGCGCUUGCUGUCGACCCGGGUCGGAGCGGCGAGCGCGUACUCUUUCUCUACCACACCACCGCCACCGGUCGCAUAGCUGUUGCCGCCGCACCUGACGCUGCGCCGGUCCCGCUUGGCCUCGACCUCGGCGAUGCCUCCGCAUCCGCCAUCGGCGCCAAGUUUGCGGCCCUUGUCCGCCGCUCUCGCUCGCCAGCGAGCCUCCCGCACCUCGCGCUCUGCCUCGCUGCCACCGGGGACGUCGUCGCCGAGCUCUUGCCGGCUGAUGACUGCCGCGCGAGUGCGGCGCCCGGCGACGACACCGUGGCGCUCGCCGAAUCCCCGCUCGCCGUUAUCGCCGCUGCUGCGUGCGGGAGCACGUUGGCGCUUGUUACCUUGUCCAAGGCGAUACGGCAGUAG